GAUGUUUUCUCAGAAAUCCUGGAGGUCUCGAGUUUUCUUGACUUUUAGUUUUAGGGAAGGUCAGGUAUGGACGUCCAUGAGCAAGAUGAGAUUGCAGUUUCGCAAUGGUUUCAAGAAGCAUGAGCCGCAGGUCUUCGAGAUCAUAACCUUUCCAAAGUUUGGCAUUGGACAGCGUGCGUUUCUCAUCCAGACUCAAGGGAAACAUACUGUGGGACUGCAUCUCAUUUCUAGACGAUGCCACAGUGGAGAUAACCAAGUCACUAGGUGGAUUGAGAGCGAUUGCCAUCUCUCACCCGCAUUACUACAGCACAAACUCUCGAUGGAGCGAGGCUUUUGGAGGCGUCCCGGUUUAUACCCACGAAUGAGUGGUUUACCAGCACGAAAAGGGUAAGUUCUACUAUGGGAGGGACUCACGCUUUUAGCCAUUUUGCU